ACAUUCAUUUGAAUGUAACAACUUAGCGGGAUGAUGCUAAGCUAGCUGUUAGCCAGUCAGCCACAGGUUUAACCGACGAUUUAACCACCGGAUGCUCCCGGCCGUGUCCUGCUGGCCGUCUUGACAUUCCGUCAACAUUCCUGGACGAAUUCGUGUCGACUGACCAGAGUCCGCGAAUUCGGGUCCAUCACUCCUGACCUACAGCCACCACACAGUUAGCGUAACGUAGCUCACCGGGCAACAAGAGCUCAGUUUCGGAGAGAAGAGUUCCAGUGGAGAACCACACCCAGACAACAUGUCCCUUCAUCAGUUUCUGUUGGAGCCCAUCACCUGCCACGCGUGGAACCACGACAGGACACAAAUUGCCAUCAGUCCUAAUAACCAUGAAGUUCAUAUCUACAAAAAGAGUGGAAACCAGUGGGUGAAAACCCACGAGCUGAAGGAACACAAUGGACACAUAACAGGUAUUGACUGGGCUCCUAAAAGUGAUCGCAUCGUGACAUGCGGAGCCGACCGUAACGCCUACGUGUGGUCCCAGAAGGAGGGUGUAUGGAAGCCCACCCUGGUCAUCCUCAGGAUCAACCGAGCUGCCACCUUUGUUAAAUGGUCUCCGCUGGAGAAUAAAUUUGCAGUUGGCAGUGGAGCUCGACUCAUCUCUGUCUGUUACUUUGAGUCUGAGAACGACUGGUGGGUCAGUAAACACAUCAAGAAGCCGGUCCGCUCCACCAUCCUCAGUCUGGACUGGCAUCCCAACAACGUCCUGCUGGCCGCUGGAUCCUGUGACUUUAAAUGCAGGGUGUUCUCAGCCUACAUUAAGGAGGUUGAAGAGAAACCAGGCCCCACGCCCUGGGGCAGCAAGAUGCCAUUUGGAGCCAUCUUAGCAGAGUUUGGAGGAGCAGGUGGAGGGGGUUGGGUCCACUCAGUUUCUUUCUCAGCCUCUGGUAACCGCCUGGCGUGGGUCAGCCACGACAGCACUGUCACCGUGGUGGACAGUUCAAAGACUGCCAGUCCCUCACAGCUGAAGACGGAGUUCCUUCCGCUCCUCAGUGUCGUCUUUGUUUCAGAGAACAGUCUAGUAGCUGCGGGCCACGACUGCUGCCCCAUGCUUUUCCGUUGCGAUGACGGUGGGACGUUGACGUUUGUCACGAAGCUCGACCUCCCCAAGCAGAGCAUCCAGAGGAACAUCUCUGCCAUGGAGCGCUUCAGGAACAUGGACAAGAGAGCCACCACUGAGGACCGCAACACUGCCCUGGACACACUCCACCAGAACAGCAUCACCCAAGUGUCUAUCUACGAGGGAGACAAAAGGGACUGUCGUAAGUUCUGCACCACAGGCAUUGAUGGAGCAAUGGCCAUCUGGGAUUUUAAGAGUCUAGAAGCUUCUAUCCAGGGUCUCCGCAUCAUGUGAAGAAAUGUUGCUUAUGAAUGAAGAGACGCUGCGGCCUCACUUCUCUCCCCUCUCCUCACCCCCACCCUCACCCCCACCCUCACCCCCCCUUCACCUCUGAGACACAGCCAGUAACAAAUAUAACUGACCACCUUAAACCAAGUGUCUGCUGAAGCACUGAUCUGAGCAGCACACACUGGUCCGUGUGUGUGUGUGUGUGUGUGUGUGUAGCUAACACUCUCAUUCACACUAAAAUAUUCAAACAUAUUUCAUAACACACACACACACACACACACACACACACACUGAGCUAACGUGUGGCAUCACUGUUAUUAUUUUUUUGUUUGUUUUUUUGCCUUGUUUUUAAAUGAAGGUUAACCAGGUGUCAAAGUGGGAGGGGCCUCAGACACAUUUAAAGAGUGACGUGAAAUGUGUGUUUUUUAUGUUCUCUAACCUCCUGUACCCAAAGUUAAACACUAAAAAGUGUGUUUGUCCAAACCUCAGACUGUGUGUCAGCUCUGAACAACAUCAACAUGAUCACGUGACAUCAACAACCAGACGGGUUAUGGAUAACCCGUCUGGUUAUCGGUAACCUGCCUGGUUAUCAACAACCUGCCUGGUUAUCAACAACCUGCCUGGUUAUCAACAACCAGACGGGUUAUCAACUACAGUCUGGUUAUCGGUAACCCGUCUGGUUAUCAGUAACCCGUCUGGUUAUCAACUACAGUCUGGUUUAUGGUCGGCUCAGUCUGGAUGUUGUGAGAUCAUGUUGCUGUUGGACGUAGAGACACGUGCAGGUCCUGGUGGUGGAGAGGGGGAACGCAGCCGUCGACACUCGUGGCGUACGCUAAAACCACAGUAGACGGAGGCUUUUGUUUUUGAAGUAACUGGUGAUGAGGUAGAAAUGAAAUAAAGAUGAAAACCAUUUACAGUACUCUA